AUUCGUUCAAAUAGUUCAUAGAAUAGUUUCAUUGAAUACCAAUUACAUUAUUCGAUGUGAUUAAUUAGAAAAAAUGUUAUUUCGGAUCAUUUGCAAACAUCGAACAAUAUCGAAAGUACACGGUGAUCAAAAUUGAAUACGUUGGCAUUUUUCUCUCUUCCGUUUCUUGAUCUUGGCAUAUUUCUUAUAUGUAUUCAUAUCAUUCGAUUGUGUCAGUGAAAACAGGCUUAUUGGUGUGAAUAGACGUGGAAGCUCAGUAAAUAACUGGUAUUACUAUUAACCUGGAAUUCGUACCUAACACAUGUGAAUAAGUUUCUCAUUCAUAAAUGACAAGAUUAUUAGAUUAGAUUUUUUCAACGAUUCAUUUAAUACAUCAAAGUGCUAGAAAGUGGGCUGUGCAAUUGAAACAACAGGAUUAUUUUACAAACAGGAUUUUAUUCGAGCUGCAUUGGAGUGGACAUUAUCAUCUAGGACUGACCCGCUUAAACGAAAAAUGAAAUAACACGUGAAAUCGCCUAAAAGAAACAGAAACAAACAAACGGAUACGAUGCCUAUAUAUAUUUUAGCAUGGCUGGCCACAUUCUGCAUAGCAGUAUUAGCAGAGGAUCCACUUUCUUGUUCUACCGGCUGGGAACUACGAGGGUUGAGUUGUUACAAAUACUUCAGUGUCAAGCACUCCUGGGAGAAAUCUGCCGAAUUAUGUAAAAGAUAUGGCGCUGAACUUACUACUAUCGAAUCGUUUGAAGAAAACAAAGCGACUCGAGAGAUCGCUCUUUUUGGUGAGUCCAGAGGUCGAACCGCUAACAUGUAUUGGUUAGGAUUAGCGUCUUUGGACGAUCUCAGGACGAAUACACUGGAAUCUACAUCAGGAGGACUGGUUUCACAGUAUUCAGGUUUUUGGGCUUUGAAACAGCCUAAUCCACUAAAUGGUGAAUGCGUAGCAGCCUCUAACAUGAACAACACACAAACCUGGGUAUUAGAGACAUGUGAAAAUCUCCUGCCGUUCAUGUGCAAAAGAUCCGCAUGUCUACAAAAUUCAGUCCGUUGUUCGAACGGCGCUUGUGUGAACCAAGCAUUCAAGUGCGACGGAAAUGAUGAUUGUGGAGAUGGUAGCGACGAGCUGGAUUGUCCCAGUUCUUGUCAUUUCCACAUGCAAUCUGGUGGAGAUGUUAUAGAAUCUCCGAACUUUCCUCAAAAAUAUUCCGCUCUAAGUAGCUGCAAAUGGACCCUCGAAGGACCUCAAGGAACUAAUAUUAUUCUACAAUUUCAAGAGUUCGACACAGAAAAGCAUUUUGAUACCGUACAAAUAUUGGUAGGUGGUCGAACUGAAAAUAAAGCUGUUUCACUAGCUACAUUAUCCGGUAAAAACGAUUUGACCAGCAAACCAUUUAUCACGGCAUCAAAUUUCAUGAUAAUUAAAUUUGCAUCUGAUGGUAGCGUUGAGCGCAAAGGGUUCCGAGCAACCUGGAAAACAGAACCUCAAACAUGCGGUGGAACGCUACAAGCCACCACUCAAAGUCAAACAUUCAGCAGUCCGGGCUAUCCCAAAAGUUAUCCUGGAGGACUCGAAUGCUUGUAUAUUAUAAAAACACAGAACGGACGCAUAAUUUCGUUGGAAAUUAAUGAUUUGGAUCUUAACACAGGAAGAGAUUUCAUCUUAAUUCGCAACGGAGACAAUGCGCGUGCCAAACCAGUGGCUCGGUUAACUGGCACGUCGGUUGAUGACCGGAAUAACAUAAUUAUAUCUACUGGUAACAAGUUAUAUGUGUAUUUCAAAACGUCGCUCGGAGGAUACAAAAAAGGAUUUAGUAUUAAAUAUACUCAAGGUUGCACUGCCACUGUACGUGCCGCGAACGGAACUGUCAGUUCGCCAGCCUAUGGCUUGGCGAAAUAUCCUAACAAUCAAGAAUGCUUCAUUAAGAUAAAAAAUUCAGGGAGUGGCCCAGUUUCAUUUAAAUUCAAGCAUUUCAACAUACACAAAAGCGAUAAUAUUCAAGUAUUUGAUGGAUCAUCGACAUCUGGAUUACGCCUGCACCCGGGAGAUGGGUUUACAGGCAACAUUGUGCCCAAAAUCACACUCACUGCGUCAUCAGGCAACAUUCUGAUUAAAUUUACCACCGAUGCUUUGCACAACGAAAAGGGAUGGUUGGCUGAAUUUUCCGCGGAUUGUCCUGAAUUGAAGCCUGGAUUUGGAGCUUUGGCAUCAAGUCGCGAUACGGCUUUCGGUACAAUAAUUACAUUUACCUGUCCGACUGGUCAAGAAUUUGCUACAGGAAAAUCUAAAAUAGUAACAACAUGUCAAAACGGUGGAGUAUGGAGCAUUGAUUACAUUCCGAAAUGUCAAGAGGUGUAUUGCGGACCUGUUCCUCAGAUAGAUAACGGGUUUUCAAUUGGAUCUACAAAUGUAACCUAUCGAGGUGUUGCAAUGUACCAAUGCUAUGCUGGCUUUGCUUUCGCAUCGGGGAUCCGGAUCGAAAAAAUCUCCUGUUUAGCCGAUGGCAAUUGGGAGAGAAAACCAUCUUGCCUCGCUUCACAGUGUCCUUCAUUACCAGAAGUUUCUCAUGCCAAUGUCACUAUCCUAAAUGGAGGUGGUCGAAGCUACGGUACAAUCGUAUCUUACGAGUGUGAUCCAGGAUAUCAACGAAGCGGUCAACCUGUAUUAAUAUGCAUGUCCAACGGUACUUGGAGCAGUAGUGUACCCGUAUGCACUCGAAAACGAUGUUACAAGUUCCCUAACAUUGAAAAUGGAUUCUAUGUGGAUCGGACACGUCAAUAUUAUUAUGGAGACGAAGUGCGCAUACAGUGUCACAAAGGCUACAGACAAGUUGGGCCUAAUAUUGUUAAGUGCAAUGCAGAUCAAGAAUUCGAUGCUAUACCAACAUGUGAAGACAUAAAUGAGUGCGUAACCUCGCCUUGCGAUAUCGCUUCUACGGAAUGCAUGAACACCCAGGGAUCAUUCCAUUGUCAAUGUAAGGACGGGUUUUCACCAUUGACCGAAUGUAGACCGGUUGGAGAUUUAGGAUUAGCUACUGGUGGAAUCUCUGAUAACAGUAUACUUAUAUCCUCAACGGAAGAUGGAUACGAUAAAACGCUUUUGAGACUAAAUUCAGCUGGUUGGUGUGGAAAUUCAAUGGAACCCGGUGCUAACUGGGUGAUGAUCGAUUUCAAAGCACCAACUAUUAUUAGAGGGUUUCGAACCACGUCAGUACAAAGAUUUGAUGGAAGUUUGGCAUUUACUUCUGCAAUUCGUAUUCAAUUUACAAAUAAUUUAACGGAUAUAUUCAAAGAUUACGCCAAUCCAGAUGGGACAGCCGUAGAAUUCAGGAUACUAGAACCAACAUUGUCGAUUCUGAAUUUACCUAUACCGAUCGAGGCUCGUUAUGUGCGAUUCAGACUUCAGGACUUUGUAAUUGCACCAUGCUUGAAGUUAGAAGUAAUGGGAUGCACACGCAUUGACUGCAUCGAUAUCAAUGAAUGUUUAAACAACAAUGGUGGAUGUCAUCAAAAAUGUAUCAAUUCUCCAGGAUCCUACUCCUGUGGAUGUCAUAAUGGAUAUGAGCUUUUUACUGAAAAUGGAACGGCUGGAUUCAUUGUCGAUAAGAGCGAAACUGGAGUCCGCGAUGGUGAUAUUUAUCAACGAAAUAAAACAUGUGUUCCUGUAACAUGUCCAACAUUGACUUCUCCCGAAAACGGAAAACUAUUGACCAACAAGACAGAACACCAUUUUGGAGACGUUGCUCAUUUUCAAUGCAAUUUUGGUUACGUUAUAUCGGGGAGCACAUCCUUGCUCUGCAUGUCUACCGGAGAAUGGAAUGCAACAGCUCCCGAGUGCAUUUAUGCCAAGUGUGUGUCACUACCAGAUGAUAAGAAUGAAGGAUUAGUGGUACUGCGUGAGGACAAGAACAGCAUAUUAGUACCGUUCAAGGAAAACGUUACGUUAAACUGUAAUAUACCCGGACGGAUAUUAAGAAAUACUGCUUUUGCAGCUUUCAGGCAAUGUGUGUAUGAUCCGAAACCUGGUUAUCCAGACUAUUGGCUUUCCGGCACGAUACCUUCGUGUCCACGUGUUGAUUGUGGGGAACCUAUGUCAACACCCGGUGCCGAAUACGGCCAACGAGGAGAUACAAAAUAUCAAAGCUCUUUCUUCUUCGGAUGUCAAAAUACAUUCAAAUUAGCUGGACAGAGUUCAAAGAACGACAAUGUAGUCAGGUGCAUGGAAGAUGGUGUGUGGGAUUUUGGAGAUUUGCGUUGUGAGGGACCGGUCUGUGAAGAUCCUGGAAGACCUAAUGAUGGAUAUCAAAUCACUAAGAGCUAUGAACAAGGAUCAGAAGUGUUGUUUGGAUGUUCAAGACCCGGAUAUAUUUUGAUAAAUCCAAGGCCGAUCACAUGUAUAAGAGAACCAGAAUGUAAGGUUAUAAAACCAUUAGGACUGUCAUCAGGUAUAAUACCUGAUAGUGCAAUUAAUGCUACUUCAGAGAGACCAAACUACGAAGCAAAAAAUAUUCGGUUGAACUCGGUUACAGGGUGGUGUGGUAAACAGGAAGCUUUUACCUAUGUUAGUGUUGACUUGGGGAAAAUUUACAGGAUCAAAGCAAUACUCGUCAAAGGCGUUGUUACAAAUGAUAUUGUGGGAAGGCCUACAGAAAUCAGAUUCUUCUACAAGCAGUCUGAGACUGAAAAUUAUGUUGUUUAUUUCCCCAACUUUAAUCUAACUAUGCGAGAUCCAGGAAAUUAUGGAGAGUUGGCAAUGAUUACGUUGCCGAAAUUCGUCCAGGCUAGAUUUGUCAUUUUAGGAAUCGUUAGCUACAUGGAUAAUGCAUGUUUGAAAUUUGAGUUGAUGGGUUGCGACGAACCAAGCAAUGAUCCAUUGCUUGGUUAUGAUUACGGAUACUCCCCGUGCGUGGAUAACGAACCACCUGUGUUCCAAAAUUGCCCACAACAGCCAAUUGUAAUAAAACGCGAUCAAAACGGAGCCAUUCUACCGGUCAACUUUACAGAGCCUGUCGCUAUUGACAAUUCAGGAUCGAUUGCAAGAUUAGAAAUGAAACCACAAAGCUUCAAAUUACCAUCCUAUAUAUUCCAAGAUACGAUUCUUAAAUACGUUGCUUUUGAUUAUGAUGGGAAUGUGGCAAUUUGUGAAAUCAACAUUACCGUACCUGACAUUACGCCACCUUCUUUGAGUUGCCCCCAAAGUUUUGUCAUCGAACUCGUGGAUAAGCAAGACAGUUAUGUUGUUAAUUUCAACGACACUAGAAAACGUAUAAAAGUAUCGGAUAACACAAAUGAUGUUACAAUAGAAUAUUUCCCACAAACUGCCACCAUACCGAUUGGAGGAUUUGAGAAUGUAACGGUUGUUGCAACUGAUAAAUUCAAUAACAAGGCUAGGUGUAAUUUCCAAGUUUCUGUGCAAGCUACGCAAUGUGUUGAUUGGGAUUUGCAGCCUCCUAGUAAUGGAAAUAUAAACUGUAAAACAACUGAUAGAGGGGUUGAAUGCCUAGCGACAUGUAAACCAGGCUAUAGAUUCACAGAUGCAGACAUCGUCAAGAAAUUCUCUUGUGAAACAAAACGAUUGUGGAGUCCAUCUUCUGUUGUUCCCGAUUGUGUAUCCGAAAAUACACAGCAGGCUGAUUAUCGUGUUACGGCAACAACCAUAUACAGAGCGAACGGAGCAGUAUCUCAAUCAUGUUUACCACAAUAUCUGGAUUUACUUAGCAAACACUAUCCAAAUCUUGACAACAUACUAUCCCAACGUUGCUCAGCUGUUAACGUAAACAUGAAUGUAUCGUUCAUCAAAGCUGUUCCCAUACUUCUAGAAGAAAACAUGAUCCAAAUCGACUUCAUACUAUCCAUCAUACCUGCUGUCAAGCAACCACAACUGUACGAUUUAUGCGGCUCAACUCUAAAUCUAAUCUUCGACCUAAGUGUUCCAUAUGCGAGCGCAGUAAUUGAACCUAUCUCGAAUGUGUCGGCAGUCGGAAAUCAAUGCCCACCUUUAAGAGCGCUGAAAAGCUCAAUUAAACGGGGUUUUACGUGUUCCGCAGGAGAAGUACUUAAUAUGGAUACGAAUGAUGUUCCUCGGUGUUUGCAUUGUCCAGCUGGUACAUUUGCUGGAGAAAAUCAACAAACCUGCACCUCUUGUCCUAAGGGAUAUUAUCAAAAUAGAGAACGUCAGGAAUCGUGCCAUAAAUGUCCUACGGGAACAUAUACUAAAGAGGAUGGAUCAAAAAAUUUGAAAGCUUGCGUUCCGGUUUGUGGCUACGGAACAUAUUCACCUACAGGUCUUGUUCCUUGUUUAGAAUGCCCUAUAAAUUCAUUUUCCAGUGAGCCACCAACAGGUGGAUUUAAGGAUUGCCAAGUUUGUCCUAUCAACACUUUCACGUUCCAGCCUGCCGCGCAGUCGAAAGACCAAUGUCGCAGUAAAUGUCCAGCAGGGCAAUAUUCUCCUACAGGACUAGCACCAUGUUCGCCGUGCCCUAAAAAUUUCUAUCAGAAUCUAGAGGGAAUGCUAACCUGUAACGAAUGUCCCACUGGAUUGAAAACGGAAGGAUCAGGCGCUACUAGUCGUGAAGAGUGUAAACCGGUUAUGUGCAACGAAAAUUCCUGCCAUCACGGAGGAUUAUGUGUACCCAUGGGCCAUGAAAUACAGUGUUUCUGUCCUGCCGGGUUCUCAGGGCGACGAUGUGAAAUAGAUAUAGACGAGUGUGCAUCACAACCGUGCUAUAAUGGCGGAACAUGUAAAGAUUUUCCCCAGGGUUACAAAUGUACCUGUGCUCCAGGCUAUAGUGGAAUUAACUGUCAAGAAGAAAAAAGUGACUGCGAUAACAACACAUGUCCCUCUCGAGCUAUGUGCAAAGAUGAACCAGGAUACAAUAAUUUCACAUGUUUAUGUCGCAGUGGAUAUACUGGUGUUGAAUGUGACAUAACCAUUGACCCAUGCACUGCAAACGGUAAUCCUUGUAAAAAUGAUGCAACAUGCAUUGCACUCCAACAAGGUCGUUUCAAGUGUGACUGUCAUCCCGGAUGGGAAGGCCAGCUUUGCGAAAUAAACACGAAUGAUUGUGCAGAGUCCCCUUGCCUCUUAGGAGCAAACUGUACGGAUCUUGUGGAUGACUUCAGUUGCUCUUGUCCGAAUGGAUUUUCUGGAAAGAGAUGUCAGGAGAAAAUGGAUCUAUGUUUAUCGGAACCAUGCAACCAUGGCACGUGCAUAGAUAGAUUCUUCUAUUAUGAAUGUGUUUGUUUACCGGGCUGGACAGGUGAAUCCUGCAAUAUUAAUAUAAACGAUUGCUUAAGCGAACCGUGUCAAAAUAAUGGCGAAUGUAUAGACAUGAUAGACGGAUACCAGUGUAGUUGUGAUCCAGGAUAUACAGGCAAAAACUGUCAACAUUUCAUCGAUGAUUGUGCUAGUGAUCCAUGUCAAAAUGGAGCGUCGUGCGUUGAUCAACUUGAUGGGUUCCAGUGUAAAUGUAGACCAGGGUUUGUUGGUUUACAGUGUGAAACUGAAAUUGACGAAUGCCUGAGCGACCCGUGUAGUCCAACUGGAACAGAAAGGUGUAUCGAUGAAGAUAAUGCUUUUGUUUGCUUAUGUCGAGAUGGUUAUACAGGAAUGUUGUGUGAAACAGAUAUCGAUGAUUGCGAGGGCGCACCGUGUUUGAAUGGAGGUACAUGUCAAGAUCGCGUUGGAUCUUAUGAAUGCGAAUGUGCACAAGGUUGGAGAGGUUACCAAUGUGAAGUCCUAAUAACAACUUGCGAACAUGCGCAUCCUUGCAAAAACGAUGCUCGCUGCAUUGACUUAUUUGAAGAUUACUUCUGCGUCUGUCCUAGCGGAACAGACGGUAAACAAUGCGAAACGGCACCUGACAGAUGCAUUGGAAAUCCGUGCAUGAAUGGAGGUCAUUGUAAAGAUUAUGGAUCCGGAUUGAACUGUUCAUGUUCUAGUGACUAUACCGGAAUUGGCUGUCAGUAUGAGUACGAUGCAUGUGAUGCAAUGGUAUGCAAAAACGGUGCUACAUGUAUUGACCACGGAGAAGGUUAUAAAUGUGUUUGUCUUCCUGGAUUUACCGGCAAAAACUGUGACGAAGAUAUUAUAGACUGCAAAGACAAUUCUUGCCCUCCGGGAGCAACUUGUGUUGACCUCACACAAGGAUUCUAUUGCCAAUGUCCAUUCAACCUCACCGGCGAUGAUUGUCGAAAAACUAUCCAAGUGGACUAUGACCUGUAUUUUAGCGAUCCAUCACGAUCAUCUGCUGCUCAGGUGGUGCCCUUCUACACAGGAGCCACCGACAGUUUCACUAUUGCAUUUUGGGUUCAAUUCACUCAGAAAGAUGACACAGGAAUAUUCGCAACACUUUAUGCUGUGAAUAACCCGCAUGAUAUUGUGGAUAGACGAGUCAUCCUACAAGCUCACUCAAGUGGUAUCCAGAUAUCAUUAUUCCCGGAUCUACAGGAUUCAUUUUUAGCAUUCAGAGAAUACUCAACAAUAAACGAUGGUCAAUGGCAUCAUGUCGCCAUCGUGUGGAAUGGAAAAACUGGGUUGUUGCAACUUAUAACCCAAGGAUUAAUUGCUGGUAAAUCUGAGUAUGGUGCAGGGCGCUCGCUUCCCACAUACGCGUGGGCAGUUUUAGGUAAACCAGCAACAAGAGCGAAUGAACCUAAUAAAACUAUUUAUACAGAAGUUGGAUUCCAAGGAAAAAUCUCAAAAUUCCAGAUAUGGAGUAGAGCAUUGGAUGUUACUUCAGAAAUACAAAAACAAGUCAGAGACUGUCGUAGUGAACCGGUUCUUUACAAAAAUUUGAUUUUGAACUGGGCAGGAUAUGAAGAAAGUAUCGGCGGUAUCGAACGAUCAGUGCCUUCAUCUUGUGGCAGAAAAAAAUGCGAAUAUGGCUAUGUUGGUUCUCAAUGCAAACAAUUAGAGUCCGACAAAGAGCCUCCUAGAAUGGAAUACUGUCCAUCUGAUAUGUGGAUAAUAGCGAAGAAUGGAUCUUCAAUCGUUCAUUGGGAUGAACCUCGCUUUACGGAUAAUACAGGUGUCACCAAAAUUAUAGAACGAAACGGGCGGCGACCGGGCCAAAGCUUCUUACUAGGCAGCUACGACAUAACAUAUAUAGCCUAUGAUGCUUCAGGAAAUACGGCUAGCUGCAGCUUCAAAAUUACGCUGGCCACACAUUUCUGCCCUCCAUUAACUGACCCAAUUGGUGGUUCCCAAACAUGUAAGGAUUGGGGUGCAGGGGGAGAGUUUAAAGUAUGCAGUAUUUCAUGUAAUCCGAGACUGAAGUUCUCGGAAGUGGUACCUGAUUUUUAUACAUGCGGAGCAGAGGGUUUUUGGAGGCCAACAAAAGACCUUGCCUCCACUCUUGUGUACCCUUCAUGUUCACCAGCUAAACCAGCACAGCGUAUUUUCAAGAUCGGAAUGUUAUUCCCAUCCGAUGUUCUGUGCAAUGAAGCUGGUCAAAGUGUUCUACGGCAAAAAGUUAAGAACGCAAUAAAUUCUCUUAACCGAGAUUGGAACUUCUGUUCAUAUACGGCCGAGGGAUCACGUGAAUGCAAAAACCUACAAAUCAACGUGAAGUGUGAUCAAUAUAGACACAAUAACGAUAUUGUGAAGAGACAAGCUCGAGCGACGAAAGACGAUAUUUGGACUUAUUCUGUAGAUACCAGAAUACCAAUUCAGAGCAACAACGAUGCUGAUACACAAAAUGCUGGAAGCGAUUCUCGUCAGAGCAGACAACAAAAUGGCGACACCUACACACUGGAAAUGAUUUUCCCUGCAGUCAAUGAUCCAGUAGUACACUCGGUGAAUGGUGAAAGAUCUGAUGUCCAAACUUUACUAGAGAAACUAAUAUUGGAAGAAAACCAAUUCGACGUGCAAGACAUUCUACCGAACACAUUCGCUGAUCCAGGAUCGCUAUCACUCUCAUCAGAAUACUCAUGUCCAAUCGGACAAGUAGUAAUAGCAUCCGACUGCGUACCAUGUGCAGUAGGUACAUACUUCAAUGUCACCAGCAAAACGUGCAUUUCUUGUCCAAAAGGAUCAUAUCAGUCAGAAAUAGGACAACUUCAAUGUAAAAGCUGUCCAAAUAUCGCAGGACGUUCCGGUGUUACUUCUAUAAUUGGGGCUCGUUCUGCUGCGGAAUGUAAAGAACGCUGUCCUGCUGGGAAGUAUUUAGAUACAGAUUCGGGAUUAUGCCAGUCAUGUGGAUAUGGAUUCUAUCAAUCAAACGAAGGCUCAUUUUCGUGUGAAAUUUGUGGGCUUGGCCAAACAACAAGAAUAGCUGAAGCAACUUCUAAAUCGGAAUGCAGAGAUGAGUGCAAAUCGGGAAUGCAGUUAGGAUUAGAUGGUAAAUGUGAAGCAUGUCAACGUGGAACAUACCGAACACAAGGAGUGCAUCCAGCAUGCACAGCAUGUCCAUCCGGCAGAACAACAUCUAAAUUAGGAUCAUACAGCAUUGAGGAAUGUUCCCUCCCUGUCUGCGCUCCCGGUACAUAUCUCAACGGGACAGUUAACUAUUGCGUAGAAUGUGGCAAAGGAUACUAUCAGCCUGAACAACAGCAAACCUUCUGUAUACCUUGUCCACCUAACCACAGCACGAAAACAAACACUGCGACUAGCAAAUCUGAGUGCACCAAUCCAUGUGCAAAUAUAUCUGAUGGACAGCAGCACUGCGACCCGAAUGCGUUCUGCAUACUAAUGCCGGAAACAUUCGAUUUCAAAUGUGAAUGUAAACCUGGAUUCAACGGAACUGGAAUGCAAUGUACAGACGUUUGUGAUGGAUUCUGCGAAAAUUCAGGACAGUGCAUUAAGGACAUUAAGGGCGUUCCUUCCUGCAGAUGCAAAGGUUCCUUUACUGGAGUCAAGUGCACUGAACGAUCAGAAUUCGCAUAUAUUGCUGGUGGCAUUGCAGCAACAGUGAUUUUCAUUAUCCUCAUAGUGUUAUUAAUCUGGAUGAUCUGCGCAAGAGCUAAUAAACGACGCGAUCCCAAAAAAAUAUUAUCGCCAGCAGCUGAUCAAACAGGAUCUCAGGUUAACUUUUAUUACGGAGCACACACACCAUAUGCAGAAAGUAUAGCUCCAUCCCACCACAGCACUUAUGCCCAUUACUAUGACGACGAGGAAGAUGGAUGGGAGAUGCCAAAUUUUUACAACGAAAACUAUAUGAAAGAAGGUCUGCAUGGUACAAAUGGGAAGCUAAAUUCACUAGCACGAUCGAAUGCUUCAUUAUAUGGGACAAAGGAAGAUUUGUAUGAUAGACUGAAAAGACACGCCUACACCAGUAAAAAAGAAAAAAGUGAUAGUGAUAGUGAGGGUAACUAAUUGUUUUCAUCUAUCAGCUUUCCACUGAUGCAAUACUCAACCAUAUAGUUCAUAAUCCAGGGAGAAUAUUUAGUACCUUCACUUAUUUUAGUUGCAUAUUGUAGAAAUGAAUCAAAAUUGGUUCAACGAAUAAAUUCAAUCAAAAUAAUCUCUGCGCCUAUUUAGAAUUUGUCGUUAUGUUUUGAAGCAAUAUUGUCAUAUAUUUUAAAUGGAUUAAAUUAAGCUAAUAGUCUAGUUUAGAGACAUUCAAUAAAAUUAUUUCUCUUUUCACUGUUUUAAUAAA